UUUUUUUUUUUUUUUUGUUCUUCUUUUUUCUUUUUUUCUUUUUACUAUAUAUAUAUAUAUCUAUAUAUUUUACUGCUCAUAGUAUUUUUAUAUUAUUCAGUGAAUAAAUGAUAACGGUUGUUGAAUCACCUUUAUCUAAACAACGUUUUCUCCUGUUGGAUGCGCCGACUGAACAAACAUUAGCAAGUUAUAUUGAACCUUUAAAGAAAGAGAACGUAAAGCUACUAGUACGAAUAUGUAAUCGUCCUUUGGACUAUGAUGCUGUGAAACUGGAACGACUAGCUGGGAUCCGAGUCAUUGAUGAUAUCAAGUUUGACGAUGGAACUGUGCCAAGUCAAGAAAAUAUUGAACACUGGUUGAAUUUAGCCGAACAAGCUCGAUUAGAAGGUCACACUAUGGCGGUACAUUGUGUUAGUGGAAUAGGUCGAGCACCGGUACUUGUGACUUUAUCACUUAUUGAAAGUGGAAUGGAUCCUUUGGAUGCAAUCAGUUAUGUACGGCAACGACGUCGAGGUGCUCUUAAUAAAACUCAAGUACGAUUCAUUGAUGGAUAUCGACCUAUUACCAAACGCAACAAAUGGAGACAAUGGUUCAAACUAGCAGUAUAGAUCCCUCUCCCUAUUCUCUUCCCUCAUGGUAUAUUUUCUCCUUUCUUGCUUGAUAUCUUGUAUUCCCAUUUUUUUUUUUCUGUUUUCAAUUAAAAAAAACUCAGUUGAAACUCAA